AUGGGUCAGAAGCGGCGUCGCAUCGCUCUUUCCUGUGUUGAUUGUCGUCGAAGAAAGGUCAAGUGCGAUCGCACCCUACCUUCUUGCAUUCGCUGCCAAAAAGGUGGUAAUGGCAACAAAUGUUCCUACGUUACAUAUACAGGCUCUCACGAUGCGCCAUCUGAGGGUCACACCUCAUCUGAUCCCGAGAGAUCGAGAAGAUCGAGAGCCAGCAGUCAUAAUACUUGGCGGGAUGAAGCAGAGCAAUACGAGAGUACUGCUCACAACAAUGCAAACGCGAUCCUGAGCGUCGAGGCAGUGGCCCGCCCUACCCCAGUUCAGGUUUUACCUCGUUCCGGACCAAUCGCAACUGACUCAAGCACAGCGCCUACUGAUUACAGAUAUGCCCAGCUUCGCAACCGACUCAUCGAGCUUGAGACAUGGGUUUACGCUGCUGGUGGUAAGCCGACGUCGAAAGAGAUGAACUUGGGUCUACUAAACCCAGUCGGCCCUGGUGCUGCUGGUGAGCGGAAUCCAUACUCUGACGAAUAUGCGAUCGGCGAUCAAGAGAAAGUCCUCCUGCAAGGCAAGUCCUUCAAGACAAAAUACUUUGGACCAAGCAACACGCUCUCGAUUCUGCUGCAAUUCGAAGAUUUAUCAAAAUUCGUCAAAGAGAUACUCCUUGCUCUACCAUGUUUGCAAGACGCGAAGUACUCCAUUUCGAAGAUACGCCAGAGAGAGAAGCAUGCUGCUAAGCAACCAUAUGACAUAUCCAUUGAGUCGCUUAUAGCAAUGGUACCUGAGAAAUCAUAUGCUGAUCGCCUCCUUCACCACUACCUUGACACGGUCGAAACCACAUACCGAAUAGUACAUGUUCCCACACUUCUGAAGGACUACGAAGCAUAUUGGCGGUCGCCCAAGGACACCAACCCCGGAUUUGUAGUGCAGCUACUCGUCGCCAUGUCUAUGAUGGGUUGCAUAGUUCCAGGAGGUGAAGAAGGUUUUGUUGGGCGUAGUUCAGCAAAGCGUGAACUCGCCAGCCAUUGGAUCAAUGUCUGCAAUUACUGGCUAGAGUGUCAGAGUCAAAAACAUGUUUCUUUAUUGAUCUACCAACUUCACAUUCAACUGUUCUUAUCAAAAGCACUUAAUUGUAUCAAAGUCAAACGUUUCUGGACCGACAGUGGAGCUCUUGUUCGACGUUUCAUGGCUGCUGGUCUGCAUCGAGAGCCGACUCUGCUAUGCAAUAGGGUCAAUACAUUCGAUUGUGAAAUGCGAAGAAGAUUGUGGUAUACAGCACUUGAGAUCGACUUGCAAGUAACUCUCGAUAGAGGCAUGACGCCAACGAUAGGUUCUAUGGAUUGGGACACGAAUCCGCCGUCAAAUAUCGACGAUGAAGACCUUAACACCAACACUAGCGCAUUGCCGGACCCCAAACCACGUAGUACUUUUACACGAUCAUCCUAUCUAGCUUGGGCUGCAGAGUCUCUACCGCUUCGUGUAGAGGUUCUCUAUAAGGUCAACAGUAUUCGUAACGCUCUAGAUCACGACACCAUAACCAUGUAUGACCACAAGAUCAGACUAUUGCUCGAUGAUAUUCCGAUAGCUGGAUGGAGGGAGGCUGCGAUCCAGAACAGCCCACAACAUCGACAUCAAAGCACCUUAUCCGACCUCCCAGCCUCUACGCUGGCUCCUCCUUCGUCGCUUCUGAUCUCUGCCCCUGGAAGUCUUGUGCCAUUGACCCUAUCACAGUGCAUUUUGAGAGAGUACCUCGUCGUCCUUCAUCAACCCUUUCCCACGAAUCGAGAAUUCAAACAAGCACACUUUCACUCUCGCAUCAGCCGUCGCUAUGCCUGCAUCACCAACAUCCUCCUCUAUAACCCCCAACUCAGUAUAGCUGACGCUACGGGAAGAUGCACCGUCCCUGCCGAACUUCAACUCUCCUCAAUACAGCGUCGCUUUUUUGCCUUUAUUCGCGAAGACUUUGGCCGAUCUGCGCUUUCCCUUGCACACUCCUUCGUUGUCGCUACAAGCCCAAGCCACAACACCGGUAUGUUACACGUCACUGAAGACCGACACCUAAUAGACAUGGUCGAAGCUGUGGUGAACAUGCUUGACGAUCGAGUCCGCAAUCUCGGACAAGGCUUCCAUGGGUACUGGAUAAUUUCCUCCGCACUUUCAUUUGUGCAUAGUAAGCAGAAUCCUGAUGUACCUCGUAGCCAUUUUGCGCGUGCGGCGGCAGACAGAGUUUUCAAAUUGCAUAGUUAUGUGAUGGGAGGACAAUUACCACGAGCAAAGAGAUUGAUUUUGCCUAUGCCUGACCGACUGGCGAUGACCAAUGGUGAUCAGCGGAGUGUAAGUCCGGAAUCUGUCGCCAUAAAUGAAGGUUCUCAGCGUAGGAAGCAGCGUAUCGACGGGGUUACGAGAGCGCAAAUGCACCAACCAGCGACAAGCGCAACCACGGGUGCAGGUGUCUAUACACAGGAUCCAAAUCAGAACAUUCACAGUAAUGGUGAGGGUUUGCUAGUGCCAGCUUCGAGCCACAUAAACGACGCCGUCGGGAACUUGAGCUAUACUGAAACCACUGCAACAACGACUGUACCAAUGAAUAAUGGCACUCAAGACGAUGGAUUCAUGGACGAUAUGCUAUUGGGCUUGGAUGAAUGGGACUGGACGCAGGUCAUGAGUAUUGACCCGACAGGAUUCAUGAUGGGGACUUUAGAUUAUGCUUCGUAA